AUGGCGAGAGCAAAAACCACACAUACAAUGGUUAAGUUGGUUUCGGCAGCAAAGACAGGUUACGAGAAGUGGUUUAAUAUCCCAAGGAGCACACAGAGAUUAAAUUUGAUACUUUAUGAUCCCAUAGCAAAGAGACACUGCUUGUUUACCGAAGAUAAGAAAAGAAAAGUUCCUGAGGUUACUCCCCGAGACUAUAGUAGAAGCCAUAGAGCUUGA